UGGCUGCAUGUGCUCGAAAUCAUCGAGCGAAUUAGGGAGCGGUGUAAUUAUACCUGUAAUAUCUACUUCUGUCCCGUGGAGAAAGAUCACCGCGGUUUAUCGUCGUGGGAUUGUUUUCUUUUUGCAGGAGUUGCGCAGUAUCAGCAUCAGGAGAAGCAACAGGAGACCGACUAUCUCGGCGCGAUGUCGUUGGAGCAGCAUCUCGCCUUUCAGGGUGGCUCGUCGCAGAGUUACGAUUCCGCUUUCGGCGAUUCCGCACAUCCCGCGUGUGACUCCAACGCGUUCAGUGAUUGGUACACCGAAGGUGCGACGAAACAGCAGCAACAGCAGCAGUUGCUACAACAACAAGACAGCUCGCAGCGGCGUUUUCUGUGUCCGAAAUGCAACAACAGCUACAAGUACCUGGGCGACAUGAAGAAGCACGUGCGGUUUCAGUGCGGGCAAGAGCCGAAGUUCCAGUGCCCCUACUGCCGCAAACGCGCCAAGGUGUCGUCGAACAUGUACGCGCAUGUACGCAGCAUGCACAACGACCUGCCGAUAUACAUAAUAGACCUGGACAAGCAGUCCUCGAUCAGUCAGCUGUAGUGAGUCGAC